AUGGCGGAAACUAGCAAUAAGCCGUGGUACCAGGAGCCUCAUCUACGGAAGCUGAACUUCUGCAUCUUGUCUCUCACCUUGUUCUCCUCCGCCAAUGGCUUUGACGGCUCCCUGAUGAAUGGCCUGAUUGCUCUUCCCCAGUGGAAGGUCGCCAUGGAUAACCCGAAGGGAACCUGGCUCGGAUUCAUCAACGCCGUCUACGCCUUGGGCUGCGUCCUGUCCUACCCUUUAUCGUCAUGGGUGUGCAACAAGUACGGCCGGAAGCCCGGGGUGUGGGCGGGAUGUUUUUUGUUAUUCAUCGGGACGGCGAUCCAGACAGCAGCCACUGGCGACGCGCCCUUUGUCGUCGCUAGGCUGCUGUUGGGCUUCGCGUCGGGAUUCUUCCUGGCCUGCCCCUUGCUCCUCGCGGAGACGGCCUACCCUACGCACCAAACAACGGCCUCGUCGCUUUACAUGUGCGGGUGGUACGUGGGCGCCGUCACCUCGGCCUGGGCGACCUUUGCGACCAGAAACAUCGACUCCUCGUGGGCGUGGAGAAUCCCGUCGGCUCUUCAGAUCGCCACGCCCUUGCUUGCCCUUCCUGGUUUCAUCAUGAUUGACGAGUCGCCUCGCUGGCUUGUUUCGAAAGACCGCAACGAGGAAGCCCGGCGGGUUCUCGCCAAGAUCCACGCGGCAGGCGACUAUAACUCGCCCCUGGUGGUGCAAGAAAUGAAUGAGAUCGAGACGGCCCUACGCGCCGAAAAGCUCGCCCAGUCGUCCUCUUCAUGGCUCGAUCUAGUCAAGACGCCUGGCAAUCGUCGACGUCUGUUGAUCACAAUAUCGCUUGGAAUUUUCUCACAGUGGUCGGGUGGCGGAACCGUAUCCUAUUAUCUGACUGGCGUUCUGACUACUGUUGGCAUAACCUCGGUCACACACCAGACUCUCAUUUCUGCAUGUUUGCAGGUCUGGAACCUUAUUUGGGCUACUUUGGCAGCCUUCACGGUCCACAAGCUAGGACGUCGGCCGUUGUUCUUGGCCUCGGGUGGAAUUAUGCUUGUCGCAUACCUCAUUAUUACGGCCCUCUCUGGUAGCUUUGCCACUACCGGAAAUGCUGCGACUGGCACUGCCGUGAUCCCCUUCUUGUUCAUUUACUUCUUCGGCUACGACAUUGCUCUCACCCCCUUUCUGACGGCAUACCCGGUUGAAAUAUGGCAAUACAACCUCCGUGCCAAGGGACUUGCAUCUAUGUUCCUCACAUCCUACUCUUUCAACUUCUUCAACAUCUUCGUCAACCCCAUCGCUUUGGACCCAAUUGGCUGGAAAUACUACUUUGUGUUUGUCGUUGUUCUAGUUGCGAUGAUUAUUACGGUGUGGUUCUACUACGUCGAGACCCGUGGCAUGACUCUUGAAGGCAUUGCAGCUCUGUUUGAUGGAGACGAUGUGCUGGCAGGUGAUAACCUUGACAAGGUGAUCGAUAUAGAUGGCGCGCAUGAUGAAGAGAAGGGCAGUCUCGACAAUGUUGAGUCUUCGAAAAGAAAGUAG